CAGCCCGGUUUAAACCCGCUACAGAGGGGGCGUGGCCCUGGAAGGGCGGAGCAGCCUUAGUGGGCGGGACGGGGCGGGGGCGGGGCUCCAAGAGACUAAGCUGGAUACAGGAAAGACCAGAGCUCCUGGAGCCUCGUCUGUCUCUUUAAAUGCCACGGGCUGCGCUCCCGCCCGGGAGCCCCGAGCCGGAUCUACAAUCCCGUCCCUCCCGCUCCGGCGCUUGUUGCUCGCCUAGCCCGAGCGGGAGCUGCGGUCCCUGGGAAGCCCGGCUAGCUUCUUCUGCUUUCCUCCUCGUGCCCCAUCUUCCCGGAAAUCUGCGUGAGGGGUCGUGCAGCAACGAGCGUGAACAGUCAUUGCCUCCCCCAGUCUUCAAGUCUUGGGGUUCUACGCAGCCGCGGGGGGCGGCAAGGGAGAAAUGCGUCCUUCCCCGAAGCCCAGCUUCACCGUGGUCUGCGCUGGGAGAGGAGACACUGCGGAGCCUACACCUGCGAACUCGCCCUAGAAGUCUCGGGUGCGGCAGGGUGCCCCUCCCGGUCCCCUAGGGCUUCUACGUCUCGGGGAGAGAGUCGGCGCAGGUGGCUUUAGCCCCUGCCCGGGGACCAGUGCCAAUGACUCUGAUGGUGGUUUCGCUUUCUCCUCUUGAAGUCCUGUGAACGAGUGUCCACAGCGUAAUGGGCAACCAGGUGGAGAAACUGACCCACCUAAGUUACAAGGAAGUUCCCACGGCCGACCCAACCGGCGUGGAUCGAGACGAUGGGCCCCGCAUUGGAGUCUCUUAUAUUUUCUCCAACGACGACGAGGAUGUGGAACCUCAGCCACCGCCCCAGGGGCUUGAUGGCGGAGCUUUGUCCGACUCAGGGGACCGACCUCCCCUGCCCCCGCCGCAGCCCUACGACCCGCGGCAGCACGAGGUGGAAUGCUCGGUGUUUUAUCGUGAUGAGUGCAUCUAUCAGAAAAGCUUCGCGCCGGGCUCGGCAGCGCUGAGCACCUACACACCGGAGAACUUGCUCAACAAGUGCAGUCCGGGUGACCUGGUGGAGUUUGUAUCGCAGGCGCAAUACCCGCACUGGGCUGUCUACGUGGGCAAUUUCCAAGUGGUGCAUUUGCACCGGCUGGAGGUGAGCAACAGCUUCCUGACCGAUGCGAGCCAGGGCCGGCGGGGCCGUGUGGUCAACGAUCUGUAUCGCUACAAGCCACUGAGCCCUAGCGCUGUAGUGCGCAACGCACUGGCCCACGUGGGCGCCAAGGAGCGGGAGCUCAGCUGGCGCAACUCGGAGAGCUUUGCCGCCUGGUGCCGCUAUGGCAAACGCGAGUUCAAGAUCGGUGGCGAGCUGCGCAUCGGCAAGCAGCCCUACCGUUUGCAGAUUCAGCUCUCGGCUCAGCGCAGCCACACUCUCGAGUUCCAGAGCCUGGAGGACUUGAUCAUGGAAAAGCGGCGCAACGACCAGAUCGGACGCGCGGCGGUGCUGCAGGAGCUCGCCACGCACCUACACCCGGCUGAGCCGGAUGAGGGCGACAGCGACGCAGCUCGGACUACACCGUCUCCCUUGCGCCCCCCUCCAUCGGGCUCCGAGGAGGAGAAUGGAGACUCGGCGGUGCACUGAUACUUGACCUGGGCUCAGAGCUACAAAAGGAAGCUGUUUGCAGCGGCCACACACCCUUUCUCCCUCCCCCAUCCCCUACACUUGGGCCCCAUUUCGUAUUCCUGGGCCUUUUGGAAAAAAGCAGAGUUGGUGAAAUGCACAGCCGGCUUUGGACGGGGGAGGAGGAAGGGGACUUAGGGAGCAGGUAGGAUUGGCUGGUGGGUGGCCAUGGGAAGCAUUUUCAUCAGUCCACCUUCCUUUCUGAGGUGGGGUAAAGUGUGAACUUGCUUGCGGCUUCAACCCUUACAGAUAAGGGACCAAAUUCAACCCUUCGUAGACAAGCAGGCUUGGGGGAAAUCUCAGAGCACGUUUGCCCUGCAUUCUGUCUUCCUUGAUCCCUCCCUGCUCUCAGCUUGGAGGAUUCAGGGUACAAAGGCCAGAGAGGAUUGGGGAGGAGCCGCUUCGGGUCAGCUGGGAGAACUGCUUAUCUGCUUCUCCCACUGAGCUGUGCUUGGGAUCCUAGAAGCUGGAGUGAUUUAUUUUAUGGGAUUCCCGGGGCACAGGGCUGCUGAAACUACAAGAUCUGGGAGCAGCAGACCGAAACCAAACAGCCCUGUAUUAAGUGGAGCAAAUACUUGAGCAAACUCAGGCUACAGGCUACAAACGGAUUUUACUACCUCCCCCUCCCUAUCUCCCUCCUCCCCCUUCCCCGAGUACCUCCUCUUGGGAAGCUGGCUCUAAGCGGAGUCUUUGGCUCCUCAACUCUUUCCCCGGUUACAAGUAAAUCAUUGUCAAGGGCCAGCCAGGGAAAGGAUUCAAUUAAGGUGCCAUUCAGCCUCCUGUGUUUUUGGCCUGCUGUUGUGGACUCUUAGAGCUGUCGUGUUGUUAUCAAGGGAGGCAAUAGCCCUUUGUGUCUCUGAUCUAAUUAAACCUGCUUGGCGUGUUCAUCUGCAGGUCACAGAUGGGGUUGGCUUGUGCCACCCCAUAAAGUAUCCUCUAGGGAAUCAACCAGUGCUACCCUGGCAAGAAUUAAAUCUCUCCUUGUCUCCUUGCUGAGUGGUGAAAGUAACCCUUUAAAACCCAAGCUGGAUCUAGGGUUCAUUUUGAUUUUGUUUUUCUCUCCCUGGUCUCCCUUCCUCACCAGACAGUUGCCGUGGUAGGGUUAGGGUUAUUUUGCCAUCCGUGAUGUAUGAAGUUUAAUUCAAGGUACAGUCUUGUUAUUUGUACCCAAUUUCUUUGUGGCUUGGAGAGCAUCCUAUUCAGAGCCCUUUUCUAAAAGAGUGGUGGCAUCAGACACAGAUACCAUGUAGUAUGGUCAAAACAGAUUUGAUGACAGUCCCAAACAUAGGUUGGUAAUGGUGGCAUGUGAACAGGCUGAACAGGUAGCAGUUGGGUCUGCCAUUGAACUUCCAUGCACUUUAGUACAAGUCUUUAAGACCACUACAGCCUGUUGCCUGAACUGCAGGCAGACCUUUGACUGCUGAGUGCUUAUGGGCAGUCUGUCAACUACUCUCAAAAGCUGAACAUGGUUAAAGGCCUUUGCUGCUUGUGCCAGUCUUUAUAACACUGGAACUAGUUCUUAGUCAUUGGAACAAAGCCCUACUUGAGUGUCCCGAAGCCACGGUCAUUGGUGGGCUUCUUGCUUGGGGUUCUGUAAAUCACACUUUUAUUUUUUAAGCCUAGAUCUUCAUAGUACCUCAGCAUGAAACCUUUUCGUUAAUUAUAAAGGCAUCAAAUGCACUUCCUGCUUUCACAGUGCGUACCAAGCAAGUCCAUGUUCUUUGGAUGGUAAAGAUGAGCUACGUACACACUAGCCUUGGUUUGGGACACUGGAGGAGAACCAUUUUCUAGUUGGGAAUAUGGAUCUGAUUUUCCGUGUUUAAUGAGCUCAUAGGUAUUUGAUUAUAUGUCUUGUCCAUGGAACAGCAGAAAAAGAUAAACACAGACGAUGUUAUUUAGGGAAACCUGUAUCUAACAGAUUUGGGCUAGUGAACGUGGAAGUUGAUGCCCACUGUGUAGACUACAGGAGGGGAGGAAUCAGCACGGCUGUCCCAAGCAGCACUGGAAUAGCAAACUCUCCCUGCUCUCCCGUACUUGCCUUCUUCCUCAGACCUCAAAGAUCAUACUGAGUGUAGCAGGUGACUUGUGUUAUACAUGAAGUGACCCCAAAGGAAGAACUCCUAAAAUCCACCCACCUGUAACAUUUCCUCUUUGAAAGUUGAUCCAUUUCAGAUGAUGGUUUCUGGAAUGUGCUACCAGCAAUUUUGCUGGGUACCAAUAAUGCCAAAUAUGUAAUACUUAGGAAGAGCUAACACCUUGAACGUUUUCUUAGGGGGUAGAAAGUCUAAGGCAGUGGUUCUCAACCUGCUGGCCCUGAUCCUUUUGGAUGUAGCAUGUCAGGAAUUUACAUUACGAUCCAUAACAGUAGCAAAAUUAUAGUUACCAAGUAACAACAAAAUCAUUCUAUGGUUGAGGAUCACUACAACAUGAGAAACUAACCAUAUUAAAGGGUCACAGGAUUAGGUUGAGAACCACUGCUCUAAAGUAAACUACAUCAACUUAGGGGUCUUAAGAUACAGUGUCAUGUCAUCUCUUAGUUUUUAAGACUGCAGUGUUGUGGGGAAAACAUUUUUUACUUUAAUAUCCUGGCAACGGCUACAUCUGGCACUUUAGGGGGAAAAUAUAUUAAUAAUUUUUGUCUCUCUUUAGAAAUAAAACAUAGAACUAUUUUGUACUGUGAAUUAACGUUGCUCUUUGAAGGAAAGAAAUAUUAAUUCCAGUGGUUUUUCUGAAGCUCUGGAAGGGAUAAGCAAGACCCUGUGGAACACGUACAAAAAGAAACCAGACAAAUUCUAUUUUCUUACCCGAGCAAAUAUUUUAUUGAGACUGCUUAUGUACGUCAAAAGGAGCCUACAACUUCAGCUACACAACUUUUUGUAUCGAAAGAACUCGUACUUUUGUAGCUUUUAUUCCACAUUUAAUUUAAAAUGACUUUGUAACACUUAAGUGUCUAGCAGAAGACUUUAUUCCAGAUCUUGAAGAAAAUUUUUAGUUUUUAUGAAAAUGGUUUAGUGGUUCAGCUUCUCGAAGCUGCGGUGCUCCGGGUCCGCUUGGCACCACGGGACAAGGACAACCACAUGACAACAUUAUUUUUUUGGAAGCAAAACUUUAAUUUUAUAUGACAUAUACUAUGGAAAGCUAAGAAAAUUUAAGGACUACUAGUUUUCUUUUUUCUUUCUUUCUCUCUUUCUUUCUUUCUUUUUUUCUUAAAAUGGGAUCCACUGUGUUGAAGACUCUUGAUCUCAUGUGCUUGUCUCGCCAUUUUUUAAAAACAAUUAAAAUAGAAUUGAGCGUGAUCAUAUAGUCAUCCGACGGAUUUGUUUGGAAAAUUAGAUUUUAUUUGUGAAUUGUUUAAAAAUCAGGAUUCUGAUAAAUUUGACUGUUUUAUUCGUCUUUUCAUUAUGUCUUGCUCUUGGUUACGAAUCAGGAUACAUACUCCACAGGCAUUUUAUUUCCCAGAAAAUUGUAGGAACUUUAAUUUGAUAGACAGUUGUAUGUUUAAAUCAGUUUUCUUUCACCACUUCUUGAGAAGGUGGUUCCAGUUCAAAAUUGUAUCAUUUCCUUCAAAAUGAAGGGCCGUACUUAGUUAAAUAAAAGAUUGAUGACAUCUUUUAAGCCAUUUCCUCUUCACUCUGUCUUAUUAAAAUGAAAGCUGUCAAGUCCUUUUGAAAAAUGUUAUGAGGAUUCCCAAUAAACCAUCUAUUAUUAGA